AUGUCUCAAUCUCAAGCAGUAACAGCUGCUACUUCGGCAGCUCAGAAGCCGAAGCCUGCGCCUACCAUGGCGGCACAGCAGAGCGACAAUAUCGCACACGCUUUGGCCGGAGCUGGAGGAGGAAUCUUGUCCAUGAUCCUGACGUAUCCCUUAAUCACCCUCUCUACUCGCGCGCAAGUCGAAUCGAAGCGCGCUGAUUCCUCGACCAUCGAAGCCAUCCGCCAUAUCAUCAAGCGAGAAGGUAUCCGGGGACUGUACUCAGGUCUCGAGUCUGCCGUUUUCGGAAUCAGCGUUACCAACUUCGUCUACUACUAUUGGUACGAAUGGACUCGCGCUGCGUUCGAGAAAGCCGCCGUCAAGGCCGGCCGGGCGUCCAAGAAACUCACAACGGCCGAAUCCAUGAUUGCUGGCGCAAUUGCAGGUAGCGCUACGGUUCUGAUUACCAACCCUAUCUGGGUGGUGAACACCCGCAUGACUGCCCAGCGAUCAGACACUGAAGAAGGUGGUACCAAAAAGGUGAAGACUACGAUCCAGACGUUGAAGGAUCUCUUGCGCCAGGAGGGUCCCACUGCACUCUUUGCAGGCGUCUUGCCCGCUCUUAUCCUGGUUAUCAACCCUAUUCUUCAAUAUACUUUCUUUGAGCAGCUGAAGAACGUUGUUGAGCGAAGAAGGAAGAUGACCGCCACGGAUGCGUUCUAUCUCGGCGCUCUUGGAAAGCUACUAGCCACUUCCAUCACCUAUCCAUACAUCACGGUCAAAAGCAGGAUGCACGUUGCCAACAAGGAAGGGCCAAAGGAGAGUUUGAACGACAAGUUCAAGAAGAUUAUCAAAGAAGAGGGAUGGGCUGGUCUGUACAAGGGAAUUGGCCCCAAGGUCAGCCAGAGCGUGCUCACAGCUGCCUUUUUGUUCGCAUUCAAGGAUGUGCUCUACGACACCAUGGUUGCUCUCCGCCGACGAAGCAUCCGCAAGUAG